GCCGCUGUCUAUUGACGGUAGUGACGCCAAAAUGGCGUCCUCCGCUGCCCGGCUCACAACACGUUGGAUAUCAACAUCAGUUUCUUCUGGACAGCGUCGGGGCUGUUUGCUGCUUACUUCCACCAGACAUGGAGAGAGUUGGCCGGCCGCAAUAUGGAAGACACCUGGAUGCAGGACAGCGGGCAGCCCGAGCUUUUGGAGCGCUGGAAACGCCGUGACAUUGAGAGUCCUGACAGGGGUGAGAUGUCCCCAUACCAUUAGCUGCCACUCUUUACACACCAGCAGCCUCUCAGCAAACAAGCAGGACUUUUAUGAAGUUUUGGGGGUCUCCCGAAAUGCAUCACAGAAGGACAUCAAGAAAGCCUACUACCAGAUGGCAAAAAAGUAUCACCCAGACACCAACCCCGAUGACCCAGAAGCCAAGGAGAAAUUUGCCAAGCUGGCUGAAGCGUAUGAGGUACUGAGCGAUGAGGUGAAGAGGAAGCAGUAUGACACAUAUGGGGCAGCAGGCUUCGACCCCAGCCGAGGCGGAGGUGCAGGGGCAAGCCAGCAGCAGUACUACAGGGCGGGAGGAGCUACUCUUGACCCCGAGGAGCUCUUCAGGAAGAUCUUUGGAGAGUUCACCAGCAGCGGGGGCUUCGGAGACUUCAGCAGCAUGUUUGAACAUAGGCCUGAGUUUGUGAUGGAGCUUACAUUCACCCAGGCAGCAAAGGGCGUGAACAAGGAGAUGACUGUGAAUCUUGAAGAUGCCUGUCCGAGGUGUGACGGGAAGGGCAGUGAGCCAGGCACCAAGGUGUCUCACUGUCAUUACUGCAAUGGCACUGGCAUGGAGUCCAUCAACACGGGUCCUUUUAUGAUGCGCACCACAUGUCGGCGCUGUGGUGGGAAGGGCUCCAUCAUGACUACGCCCUGCGUGUUGUGCCGAGGUUCAGGCCAGACCAAGCAGAGGCAGACGGUCACCGUGCCUGUUCCAGCUGGAGUGGAAGAUGGUCAGACAGUACGCAUGUCAGUAGGGAAAAAAGAAAUCCUCAUUACAUUCAGAGUCCAGAAGAGCCCAGUGUUCAGGCGGAGUGGAGCGGACAUCCACUCUGAUGUGCUGAUCUCUGUGGCCCAGGCUGUCCUGGGGGGCACGGCCCGAGCACAGGGCCUCUACGACACCAUCAGCAUAGUGAUCCCUCCUAGUUGCCCAGCUGACCAGGUCAUUCGGCUGCAGGGGAAAGGUAUCCGGAGGAUGAACAGCUACAGCUAUGGAGACCACUACGUGCACAUCAAGAUCAGAGUGCCUAAGAAGCUGACCCGCAGACAGCGCUCUCUGAUGCUGAGCUAUGCAGAGGAGGAGACAGACGUGGAGGGGACAGUAAAUGGAGUUAGUGCUUCUGCAGGAGGGGGCAGCAGCACUGCAGCCUCGGGUGCAGGGUCGGCCAGGACAGAGGAGGGACAGGACAAGCAGCAGAGGGAGGAGCAGGGAGGCUUCUUCUCUAAACUAAAGAAAAUGUUUAGCUGACACUCAGGCUGCAGGUAAAAAAUCAACAAAACGGUGAAUGAAGAUAGGAAAACACCGACUGGGCCUCCAACGCCUCGUCCUCCUGUUUCCAGGACUGAGCAACGGAAAGAGAGGGAGAACAGUAGAGGGUAUUUGAUGACACACAUUGUUGUCACAUAUUGUUAAAGUCACGGUUGGUGAACGGGACAUAAAGACGCCACUCCCACCCAAGACACCUGCUGGUCCAUCUCAAGACAGAUAGGUGUAGGGCUGUGAAACUGAGAAGCUAUGUUACCUGGAAAAGAAACAGCAUGGCAGCUGUGCCUGUCCAAGACAAACAAGAAGAGAGGACUUGUGGUUUAACUCUCAUCCCUGCUUUACAUUUUGAAACUGCACCACUCAUGGAUGUCACUCAGCACAACAUACAAUGAGGAGUAAGUGUUAAUUCCAGCUAGCUCUUCAGUGCUCCACAGAUAAUAACUUAGUGGUAAAUAAAAGCUGAUACAGUCAACCUGAAAAGUACCAGACAUGAACCUUAGACCUUGCCUAGAAGAAUACAUCAGGCAAAUACUGUGACAGCAUAUUAAUGCUAGCGUAGGGAGAAAAAAAAAAUGGAACUGGGGGAGGGCGAGGGGGUAAUAUUCUGAGAAAAAAAAUCUGAAUUUCCGAGAUUGAAAUCAUGAAUUCAUGAAAAAAAAAAACUAGAUAAUCUCUGAGAUUUAAGUACUAAAUUUACAAGACAAAACUCACAUCUCACAUCUUUUUUUCUCAUAAAUGUACAACUUUAAUCUCUGAAGUUAUGAGUUUUUUUUUCUUGUAAUUUUACCCUCCCUCUCCCAGCUCUGUAAUUUUUUCCCCUCCCUACAGUGGCACUAAUACGCCGUUGUACAAAUACAUAUGAAUGAAUGAAUGAAUAACAAAUUGUAUCACUAUAAGAGUGGGUUUGAGGAAGUGAAAAAAAUAAUGUCCCUCUAUCACCCACCCACACGUACCUGCAUCAGAUUUUCUCAGGCAAAACACUGACAUGAUGUUGAAAUACACCUCUCGUUUUAUGCAAGAACCUAGGUAGAGAAUAGGGAAGCUGACAUAAUCUCAUCUUCAACCAAUACUGUCUGGUCCGCACUAAUAUUUGUUUCAUUCCUGCUCUGUUAUACUUGUGUGUGGCACCGCGGCUGUGCAUAUGCAUAUUUAAAUAAAACACCAGUAUUUUA